AUGAAUCAUUCAACCCUCUUCACUGACUAUCGUCAUGUUGAUGUUCAUUAUGCAUUUAUUUUCGAUGAUAAUCGAUCACAUAGUGAACUUAGCAAAUUUGUACCAUAUGGUAGUCAAUCUCAUCCGCGAGAAAUAGCUAGUGGAACGUUUAUUUCUGAAUGUUGGCCUGAUAGUCAACCAUUCACAACUCCUGGUGAAAAUUAUGGAAAAAAACCGAAAAAUCGACAACACCUAUUUUACACAUUGCCAUGGACCUUUAAUGAAUUUCAAUUAUGUGUUCCAGAUAGAUGUAUUAGUGAAUUACAAGUAUUUACAUCAUUUUCACCGGGAAAUAAAACUUUUUCUUCUCGUCUUCGUAAGCUGAAUAUGUCAGAUAAUAUUUCAACAUCUGCUAGUCUUCUCUCUUAUGUAAUAUCUUCAAAUCAAAUAGUCGAGCUUUGUCUAUCCAGAUGUGAUAGGCAAGUUUCUUUCAAUUUACCAAUGGUUAGUCAUCUUACUCUUAUCGAUAGUCUUGAUGCAUUGAAUACUCAUUCACUCUUAACAAAUGUUCGAUCUAUUCAAAUUGUUUUUCAUCAUGAAUGUCUCGAUUUUGCAAUUGGUGACUGGACUUCUUUACGUACACUGGCAGAUUUGCCGCUGUUAAACUCCUUACGUGUGGUUUUGUAUAAUAUGCUGAGCCCACCAAAUAAUUCAAGCUGCAUAAUUAUUGCAGAGACAGGUUUAAAGAUCACUGAUUUUGGCUUUUGCUUUCGACAUUUUCGUUAUUAUUCUGUUGAACAUGAUUAUGAUAUUAAUUUGAUUUUUAUGAAACAUUGUUUAUUCAUUGAACGUCUACGAAAUCUCAUUGUUACUAUUGCUGGCUUUGAUUGGUUUGCGACUGAAUAUUUACAAGAAUUACGACGACGCCUUGGUCAUUAUACUUUGACACUUAAUUGUAAUCCAGAAACUGUUAAUACUAAUUAUAAUAUAAGUCAUCGAUUAUAUUUUGAAGAAAUUUCAUUUGAAUCUGUUCUUGAUGUUUAUAAUUUUGAAAAACCACAUGGCAUUAUACUUUCAGUGGAUAGACAAUUACUAAAUAGUAUUGCAAUGGAUUUAUAUCGACAAAGCCAUGUUAAUGGUACACUUCCAGAAUGUAUUGGUACAGCUGAAAAUCAUUUUAAGUUUUCACGUUCACUUGCUGAAAUAAAUAUACGACAACAAAAAAUGAUUCAAUUUAUCUGUUUUUCAGUUUCUAAAGCAUUACAAAUAUCCGAACCAUUUAAUUUACAAUUAAUUGCUGAAGUUUGUUUAAAUGAAUGUAAUAUACGUGUAUCUCGUUCAUUUCCAUUAGUUUCUAAAACAUUUGAUCAUGAUUUUAUUGCUGUUGUUAUGCAAAUUCUUGUUGGUAUUGAAUCAGAACCAAUAACUAAGGUUCUUUUUCUUCAUUCAGUACGUAUUGGUGUUAAAGUUCUGCAAUUUUCAUUUUCACGUUUAUCAGGUAAAAAAUUGAAUAAUUUAUUAUCUAUUAGUUAA